CUCUUGGUUCUUCUUCUCAAUCUCACUCAAACCACCCUGCCCUGCUCCAAAAAAUCCUCAAACACCAACCCACACGUAUAUAUCAAAAAUCCUCAAAUAUUCCUCUUAUAAUUCAUUAGUUAUUGUUAGAGAAAAACGCCAAGAUGAUUCUUAAAAUGAAAGGCACCAACAUGUGUUUAACCAGAAGUACAUACUAUUUCUCUGACGCAACCAAUUUCAACAAUUAGCUGUUUUAGACUAGUAGUCGAUUCUUCACCAUUUCAUGACCAUAACUACUUGAGUCAUGGUGGCUGUUCCUUACCUGCUCUUCAUCCAGUGUCGUUUGGUUGUUUACGAGUAAGCAUAUCAAUUACAUAUCUUAAGAGUUUUGAAGAAACAUGCGGGUAAGAUGUGACACACUGAGAGCUCAAAAUGAAGCAUUUUCUGGAGAAGAUAAAAAAAACAAUGAAAGACCUCAAAUUACGGUGUAAAAAUUUGAAGGAGGAGCACAGUUCAUUUCGUGAUCCUGCUGAUAAAAUGAUUGUGGAGAAGGACAAAGAAAUUUCUAGACUUAUAGAUAUGGCUGAUGAUAACGAUAAUUAUAACACAGGCACGUAUAAACAGGACACAUCAAGUAUAAGCAACUCUGCUGCAGAACAGCAGAUUCUUAUUUUGGCAAGGCAGCAAGCCCAAAGAGAAGAAGAACUAGCACAGUCACCGCGGCACAUUUUAGCUCUUCAAAAGGAAAUUGAGGAUCUGGAGCGUGAGAAUCGGCUGCAUAGCCCACGGGAAUCUAUGUUGAAGGUGGAGCUUCACAACAUGGAAAGAACGCAGAAGAGGGAAGGAGUAGAUAUGACAUACCUGAAAAAUGUAUUCUUAAAGCUUCUUGAAACAGGCAUGUAUAAACAGGACGCAUCAAGUAUAAGCAACUCUGCUGCAGAACAGCAGAUUCUGAUUUUGGCAAGGCAGAAAGCCCAAAGAGAGGAAGAACUAGCACAGUCACAGCGGCACAUUUUAGCGCUCCAGGAGGAAAUUGAGGAGCUGGAGCGUGAGAAUCGGCUGCAUAGCCAACAGGAAUCUAUGUUGAAGGCUGAGCUUCGCAACAUGGAAAGAAUGCAGAAGAGGGAAGGAGUAGAUAUGACAUACCUGAAAAAUGUAAUCUUAAAGCUUCUUGAAACAGAUGCACAAGUGUCAACAAGCGUACCGAGCAUCCGGAGAUGUUCCUCCUAGUCCAGUGAGUGAUGCUUCAGGAUCUGCGACUUCUCUUUUCUCAAGAUUCUCAUUUUCAUGACCACAGAAGUGAGAUUGUAGAUGCACGGAAACUGGCUGCUCCAGCUAACCAACUGCUUGCCUCCAGAUUCAAAGGUGGAGGGUGCGGUCAUAGUAAAUCUUGUAUUCUUUUGUAACGGUGAACCCCUUGUUUAUCAACACUGUCCAGAAAAUGUGAAGUACGACAGAGCCAUUAUACGUCACGAAGAGAUAGCGAGAGGGUGAGUGAACAUUUUGGCCGGGAUCUGUAAGGAACCCCCUAUUCUCCAUUUAUUGUAGAGUGUAACAACAGAAGAGCAACGGUGUGAUUUUGGAGAUUAUAUUGGGACAAGAGUACCUAUCAGAAUGUUGAAAGGCGCGGUUCUACGCGGCAUAAGAUUUUACGCAUAAUCUGAUAAUGGUACAGGAUAAAUCUCAAUAGUAGUCAGAUAGUAGAGCCUCCUCAGCGGCAGAUCUUUGUCUUCGACUAUGCCUUGUUCACGUUGCGAUACAUCUAUUGCCUUUGAAGUGAUGAGCUAUAUUUGUUUCCAUGGUAAUGAGUUGAGACCAUGACCAUCCAUUUUGCAUUCCACCAUCUAGAGACUUGAUCACCUCAGUUCAUCAUUCACUCUUGGUCUAAUGGGUGCUGAAGUAAAAAAGAAUAGAAAAUAGUAGGGGUGGGCAUAAAAACCGAUAAACCGAUCAAACCGACCGAACCAACCCAACCCAAACCGAAAAAGAGCGUUUUUUGACCAAACCGAAAAAGUCAAACCUGGAC